AUGACCACCAUGGUCGCUUUGGAGUCUGCUUGUGGUGGCGGCUGCGUUGGCGCUGCUCUCGCUUUCGCCUGUUUCGCCUGGAAGACCCGGCGGAGCAACGGGAUGGCCGAUCACUCGCCGCCCUUGGCCUCGCCAGCCAUGAAGUACAUGACAUCUCCCACCCGACACGUCCAUCGAGAGUCGCAGCCGAGCUAUAGCCCGACGAGCAAAGUGUCAGCCGAAGCGUCCCUGACAGCGACGGAGGCGGAUUUGUCCAAGCUGCCGGGCAUUGGACAGGGCAUGGACAAGAGCGAGUUCUUGGACCUGCUCAGAAAGCUCAUCGGAGAAUCCAAGCAUCUGCAGAACAACCCGCGUCUGGGCAUCCAUCCGGAGGAGAAGCGCGCAGCCGCCGUCGUCAUCAAAGAGCUGGAGGCAGUCUCCACCCGUGCUGGUGGUCCCCUGAUCGUGGAGGAGCUAGAGUACGUUCCUGGCAGAUCCAACGUCAAGGUGACCUACCCGGGCUCCGGCAAGGAAACAACUUCGUUCGUGGGCAGCCACUUCGACGUUGUCCCUGCAGAUCCGGAGGCUUGGUCCAAGGACCCCUUUCAGCUGACCGUAGAGGGAGACCUGCUCUAUGGCAGAGGAACCACCGACUGCCUAGGCCACGUCGCGCUUCUGACCCUUUUCCUCCGCGAGCUUGGUCGCACAAAGCCAGCGUUGAAGCGCAGCAUCGUGGUGGUCUUCAUUGCUGCUGAAGAGGGCGGCGAAAAGAAUAUUGGAGUGGAUGCAGUGCUGAAGAACGGCAAGUUGGAGGAGGCCAAGAAUGGCCCGGUAUACUGGGUCGACUGCGCAGAUUCCAACCCUUGCUGCGGCACCGCGGGAGCUUUGUCCUGGUCGCUGAAGUGUCGAGGGCGCUUGUUCCACAGCGGCUUCCCAAACAAGGCCAUUAAUUCCAUUGAGCUUGCCAAUGAGGCCAUCGCGUUCAUCCAAGAACGUUUCUACAAUGACUUCAAGCCACUUCCCGAGGAGGAGCUUUACUCCUUUAUUACGGGGUCUCACAUGAAGCCGACUCAGAUCGAGUGCAGCAAGGGCUCCUUCAACCAAAUCCCCGCAGAGACCACUGUCCACGGCGAUAUCAGGUUGUCUCCCUUCUACGAGGUCGAGGACGUUGUUGAACACAUCGAGCGUUACGUCCAGGAGCUGAACGACGACAUGGAGUGCUUGUUUAGUUCGGCUCGAGGUCCCUGGAGCAAGUUUGUUCUCCCAAGCGGGGUGCAGGUCCAGGACGGCGAAGUCAACCGGGCGAAGGUGGAACUGAAGUGGAUGGGCGACAUGGCCGCAUUUCGGCUUUAUGCCGGCUUAGCGGUAAAGCUGGAGUCGGAUGGUCACAAGGCUCUGGUGCAGGCCUUCCGCGAAAGCAACAAAGGCGUCCAGCCCUUCAGCAUCAAUGGCUCGCUGCCGCUUGUGAAGAUGAUGCAGAAGGCUGGCUUCGACAUACAGAUGUGUGGCUUUGGGAAGAUGUCCGUCUACCAUGGCGUCAACGAGUAUUGUACGUUUUCGGAGAUGACCAAGGCGCACGAGGUUAUCGUUCGCCUGAUCUGUCUCCUGGAGAUGGCUGCAAAGUGA